AUGCUUGGUCUUUCAGGAGAGAUUGCGAUCACAUUCGUAUUACUACUACCAUGGAUUCGACCUACGCUAUGGAGCAAGUUGUUCAAGAGCCGGCUCGCAGUCGCUCUUAGUAAGUACGCAACUGUAUACUUUUACACUGGAGCAUUCGGGCUGUUCGUCCUUUUCGCAGAUGCUGUACGUGAGGUCAACAAAUACUCACAUGUGGAGGUUGCGAUGGAUUCUUCUUUGCGUCACGCUGCCGAUGCUGAUGCGGUCAUCCAUAUGCGACUGUUCAGAGCACAGCGUAAUUUUUACAUCUCUGGAUUCGCACUUCUGCUUUUCUGCGUUAUCAAGCGUAUAAUGAGCUUGCUAAGCCGUGGAGCUCAGCUUGAAGCCGCAAGCGAGGCAGCAAUGAGACAGGCUGAAGGUGCUUCGAAGGCUGCCAAGACACUCAUGAAUGCUGGUGGUGAAGGAGAAGUAGCUGAACUCAAUCGCAAGAUUGAAGAGCUCGGAACUGAACUGAAGAAGACGCAGGUUGAUCGCGACACUAUUCGCAAACAGGCUGAAAACCUCCAGGAAGAGUACGAUCGCGUCUCUGACCUAUUGGUUAAAUACGAGGGUGGCGACAGUGGCAGCAAGAAAGAGCUUUGAGUUCGCAAAACUCAAUGUUCUCGAAGAAAUGCGACUUGCGAUUUGUCGAAUGUAAAUUUGGAAGCUAUGUUCAAGGCGAGAUGACCUUAGCUUGAUUCUUGCUUGGUCCUUUUGAUUCUCUCGUCUUCUUCAUGUUCUAUGCUUUGUCUUUUCAAUCGUAACGUGUAUUGAAGCAGUAACCUUCUUUUGUAGUCUGUAAGGUUAUGAUAGUUUGGUGUG